GGGAGGGGAGGCUGCCAACGACCCGUCCUUCUCUCUGGAACUGUUCAGGCUGCUGCGGGUGCUGUGAUGGGAUCGCAGGGCACACCAACUCAGACUGAUGCUAGUGCUGACGCUGUACAUCCCACCUCGCGACUAGGACCUCUGCUAUUCGAGCGAAGCGAUACGAUGGACCUGAUUCUGAUCAGCAAGGAAGGCGUUGAGGUCCAUGCUCAUAGGGCGGUCUUGUCCACCUGCAGGUCAGACGAGAGGCACACACCAAGACUCUGAUGCGCAUGCAUCAAUCUAGUUUCUGUGUUGGUGUGUGUGGUGCAGCCCCGUGUUCUCCACCAUGCUGUGCGGGAGCAUGUGUGAAAGCAGGACGGACAGGCUGCCAGUGCAGUACAGUCACGCGUGCAUCCUCGAGCUGCUCAAGUUCAUGUACACCGACACCCUCAGCACCACACUCAAAACCGUGGAAACCGACCUCGACUUCGUCAUCGAGCUCUGCUAUGCCGCCGACUACUACGGCUGUUCAGCCCUCCUGCGUCACAUCGACAACCUGUUGCUGAGCGGCCCCAUCUACCGCGUCGAGCAGGCUGUCCGCAUCCUGGCGGCCCUGGGAGAGGCCCGCGGCAGUGGCAUCCAAAACACGGAAGCCUUCCGCUUUCUGUGCCUGUUCCUGCAGAGGAACCUCGCGUUGAUCGUCGGGCUCGGCGGAUCCGACCCUGUCGUCCAAGUGGCAUUGGAUGAGCUGCCGAGUGACGUGUGGAUCAAGGUGGUGGAGAGCGACGAAACGGCCGUAGAUGAGCUCGGUAUGUCGACCGGCGCUCCCUUGCAAGUGCUCACACAUCUUUCCUGCUGUGGAUGGAUGGCUGUCUGCAGAGCUGUUCCAUGUGUUGCAUCGGUGGCACCAGCGCCAGAGCGAUACGAAGGCAUGUAGUCGGUCGAGCAGUGGCGGCGAGGGAAGGGCAGAGGGAGGAAACGCCGACAGCAGCAGCAGCAGCAGCAGCAGCAGUGAGCUCUUCCGGAAGGUGCGCUAUGGCCUCAUUCCGAUGGACAAGUGAGGGAAUGACAGACAAGGAGCAAGCAGCCACUGUCGCUUGUCAUGUCGUCCCCUGUGCGUGGCGUGUUUCAGGCUGGUCACGGAUGUGAAGCCGACAUGUAUGGCACCAAGAGACCUCUAUGCGAUGGCGCUGGAGCAUCACGCCCAUCCCCCGCUGAGCCCCUUCAACGCCACAGAGACCCUCAACGUCUAUGCCAAGCCGCGAGCGGCGAACAAUGGAAUGCCCCCACCACCGCAGAACGGAGAGAUCGGUACUGGAGGGAGUGGAAAGGCACAAACGAUACACACGUGUGCAAUCAAUGAGUGUCUGUCUGUGUGCUGUGUCGGGUCGGUGUGUGCGAGUGUGGGUGCAGACACUUUGGUGCUGGUGAAUCCGUCUCGGCCGCCGAGCAAGGGCUUGCCCAUCCUCACCCGGCAGCCCACGCCGAUUGAGGGCACAGACUUCGUGUUCAAGGCCCUCAUAUUCCCCUGUGGCAGCAGGAUGGGCAGCCCCGAACACACGUCAUGCUUCCUGCACGUAUGCAUGUAUCAACGCAUGCACACACAAACACCCAAUCGGUAUACACACAGUCGAUAGUGGUGUUGUGUUGUGUUGUGUGUCUAGGUGGCCCCGAGAUUGCUGCAUGAUGAAGCCGAGAGCAACUUGAAGGCGCACGCAACGAGCCUAGCAGCAUCACCGGCGCCAUCAGCAGCAGCAGCAGCCCCGGCUUCCGGCACCAGUCCUCCUCAGAAGGCAGGUGCUGGGCGGUGGCCGAGUCACCCGCCGGUGCAGUACACAUUGCAGUGCUGGGACUGGCAGGGGCAGGCCUUUGUGAAGCGGCAGGACAAGUACACCUUCACCCCACAGCAUGACGACAGGGGCUGGCACGACUUCUGCCAAAACACGGUGGGUGAGCCAGCCAUCAAAGUCAGGGGGGUCUAUGCAUUAAGCUGCUCUUGAAGCUCUUUCUUCUCCUUUGUGUGUGCAGAGGUCGUUUGGCCCCAGUGGCGUGAUUGUCGUGCGUGCGUCUGCGAGGCUACAGCCCGAGAAGCCAUCGCAGCCCGCUGAGUCGUCGAAGGACCCAAGGAAUGCCAGCUAGCCUUAGCCUUUGCACAC